UUUAAACCCUCUGAAGAUCUUGGAAGCAAUCAGCAUCAGCUCGUCCAAACAAACCUCAAGUCUCCUGAGCAGACCCAUAGUCCGGCAUCUUUCCCUUCCCUCGUUUUCCUAAACAACCGGAGGGACUGUUUUCCUGGUCCGACACCAGCAAUGCUUCCCUUCAUUCCUUCCCUCCUCCUCAUCCUCCUCCUGGCUGGUCCGGCCCUCCUGACCCCAUCAACCUCCCGGGAGCUGCAGGUCAGGGGUCACAGGACACCGAGGGACACCAAGCAGGACUCCAUCAAGGUGGUGAUCUCCGAGGGCUGCGCCAACCAAGGUGAUUCAUCUGAUGUCAGCAAGGGAGGUAAAGAAAUCGACCUGGUCCCUGGCUCUCCUCUGGUCCUGACCCACAAGAUCAGACUGGUCCCAUCAAAUUCAGGAUCAGGGUCCGGGUCUUGCGGCUGCGAGGCGGACUUCGCUGCCCUUCGGGAGCGUUUGGAGAGGCUGGAGCGGGAGGUGUCGACCCUCAGGGAGAAAUGUGGAGGAGCCGAGGGAGGAUGCUGCACCUCCAAGGAGAGCAAAGGUGCAGGUUGCUCCAUCAAACCAGACAUCAGCGAGUGUCCCAACGAGUGCAGUGAUCAGGGUCGCUGUGUGGACGGCAAGUGCAUCUGUUUCCCUGGAUUCAGUGGACCAGACUGCAGUGAGUCCAACUGUCCCGGAAACUGCAACGACAACGGGAGGUGUGUGAACGGACAGUGUGUGUGCGAUCCUGGAUUCACCGGCCCGGACUGCUCCGACACGGCCUGUCCCAACAACUGCAACAAUCAUGGGCAGUGCGUUAAUGGUAAAUGUGUUUGUGACAGCGGAUUCACUGGCACCGACUGCUCUGAGAAAUCAUGCCCAGGAAACUGCAACAACAAGGGGCGCUGUGUUAACGGACAGUGUGUCUGUAAUCCAGGAUUCACUGGACCAGAUUGCUCUAAAAAAGCCUGUCCCGAUAACUGCAACAACCGUGGACGGUGUGUUAACGGUAAAUGUGUUUGCGACAGCGGUUUCACCGGCGCAGACUGCUCAGAGAUCGCCUGUCCUGGAAACUGCAACAACAGGGGGCGCUGCAUCAACGGGGAGUGCGUUUGCAAUGAUGGUUUUGGCGGCCCAGACUGCUCUGAGAGAACAUGUCCUAGUGACUGCAACGACCGUGGAAAAUGUGUCAACGGUCAGUGUGUUUGCGACAGCGGUUUCACCGGUGACGACUGCUCUGAAGACUCCUGCCCGGGAAACUGCAACAACAGAGGGCGCUGCGUUAACGGUCAGUGUGUUUGUGAUGAUGGGUUCACGGGUGCGGAGUGCUCUGAAAAAUCCUGCCCCAACAACUGCAGCAACCGGGGGAAGUGUGUAAACGGGAAGUGUGUUUGCAAUGUUGGCUUCGCCGGACCGGACUGCUCCGCCAAAGGCUGUCCUAAUAACUGCAACAACAAAGGGCGGUGCGUCAAGGGGAGGUGUAUUUGCCGGCGAGGGUUCACCGGACAGGACUGCAGUCAGUGUGAGGAAGGGAUGACCGGACCCAACUGUGAUACAGUGAUGUCAGGUGUUCCCCAGCUCAGCACUCGGGACAUCACAGAGACGUCUGUCACUCUGGUCUGGACUCCACCUGCUGUGCAGUAUGAGACCUACCACAUCACCUUCACCAGCCAGAAGGAGAGUGACCAGCAGAUAACCGCCCAGGUGGAGGGCAGCCUGACCACCUUCACUCAGACGGGACUGGCAGCCGGUCAGGAGUACAGCGUCACCAUCACUGGAGAAAUCGAUGGCAGGAGAGGAGCUGCGAGCUCCGCCGAAUUUAUGACCCUGAUCUCCGGUCCCACCAACCUCCGAGUCGUCAAGACGACCUCGACGUCUGCGGUGGUCCAAUGGGAGAAGUCGCAGGGUGAGAUUGACAGGUACCGUUUGACCAUCACGCCCAGCGACGGAGCAGGGAGCAGUGAAGAAAUCACCGUCCCAGCUAACCAAGACUCCGCCCACAUUCAGCAGCUGGAGGCGGGACAAUUGUAUGACAUCAUCCUUGUGGCGGAGAAGGGCACGAGUCAGAGCGAACCAACAACCACCCAGGCGGUUCCUGGGAAAUCAUUACCAAGGGUUACCAUGGCAUCUUUGACCAGGCAGGUCACACUAGCACCGGGACAAGAUGUUGGCAACGUGGACCAAGGAUUUAACCCAUUACCUGAAGUGCAAGUCUAUGACCAACAGGGGAGGGGGGAGGAGGAGAGAGAGAUUGACUCUGUAAAAGUUGGACGUAUCAAUGGACCUAACAAAGACUCCUCAGCUUCCGUGAUUGCAAGAACUAAACCUCUGGUCAGCAGGAUUAUGGCGAUAAAUGGCACCAAGCCCAAACUCACUCAAAGACUCACAUUGCCUGGGAAGCCAAAACUCCAAGGGCCUCUCCGUUUCAACACAACCAGAGUUGUGCCCGGAGGAAGAAAGGUUGGCUAUGGCCCUUUGAAAAAGCCCCUAGUGGGGCAGAAGAAGAAAGCACCAAUAGUGCUCAAAAAACCUAAAACAGGUGCCCCCAAAAUAGGAAACAGGACAAUAGCUUUGACUGUAAAAGAACCUAGCAUUGAAGCAUCAAGCACUGAGAGGAGGGAUGACAAAAAUCCAGCUAUAAUGUCUGGAACUGAUUCAGAAACAAACAGACAAAGUAGCUCAGAGGAACCAAAAGAGCAACCAGAUGUUGGCAUGGCAAGCCAAGGAAAGGACACUGAUCCAGUGUCUUCAGAGCCAACUGGGACUUUUCAGAGCCAGGAGAAGAAAUGUCUGAACAAAAUUAAAGUGACGCACAUCAGAUUACCCCUUAAGGACAGAGGCAGCGGGUGUAGAGGGGAUGGGACAGUUUUUAACAGGACUGCAGCCACUGUCAUCAUUUUCGUCCUCAUCAUCAUCCUCAUCAACCUCACACUUAUCACCUACUCCAUCAUCAUCCCUGCCAUCAUCUUCAUCCCCACUGUCUUUAGCAUCAGCUUCACAAGUUUCAUCCUCAUCAACAGCAGCACCAUCAUCAUCACUAACAUAUUUAAUUUCAUCAUCACCGUCACUUUCACCUUCUUCAUCAUCAAAAUUGCCAUCAUCGUCACUAACAUCACUAUCACUGUCGAAUCAUCUUCAGUUGAGGUAAAUACUCCAGUCAAGGAUGCAGGUGGGGACAAAUAUGGGGCAGCUACACCUGCAUUCUCUGGAGUUGAACAAAACCAGAAAAAGAUUCUGACAGAAAGAGGACGAAUCCCAGUUCGCCGCCCUCUUCCAAAGGAUGGAUUUGUGCGUCGACCCUUUCCAAACAUGGGAUCUCUUGAGAACCGAAUUCGUUCAAGGCUCUUGACUCACCCCACUCAAACUUUAAGUCCCAAAACAGAGAUACAAAAACAAAAGAUAUCUCCCACUGAAUUGCCAGCCACUUCCUCUCCUGUUUCCAAAGAAUCCUACCCAGCUGCAGGUACAGAGCCAGUAGGAGAGGAGAAUGAAGAUAGAUCUGGGAUGAAAAUCUCCACAACAAGUGUGUCCAAUGAGUUAAAUCAGACUCUUAGAGGUAGUGAAAUGCCUUCCUCCCAUCGCCCAACCACCAAAGUUGGUUACUUCCGUCGUGCCCAACUGUAUGGUGGACCUUUUCAAAACAGAACACGUCCAAACCUAAGACCACCUCAACAUCCAAACAGAGGUGUCAUGCGCAAACCUUUCCCAGUCAGAAAGUUGCAUGGAGGCACUGAUAUUACUCUUGGAAGUCAAGUGAGCCAACUGCAAAAUGAUAGUACCCCUGAAAUCCCAGAUAACCAUUCAGGAAAACAGGAUGUCCCCAGGCCUACCCAAGAAGUCCAAAUUACACAAGCAGUAGAACAAGGAACUGCAGAGAUAAUUCCAAGUGCCCAGAUAGAUGACCAUGAUGCUGUCAGACCAGAGAUCAAAUCAGAAAAGGAGGAUAGUGUUCCAAUCCAAACUACUAAAUCUGGGGAAGAAGAAACUAGCACCCCAGAUUCUACUUUUGACUCUGACAUCCAGAAACAGAGAGUCGAUGCUGGUAAAAAUAAUGCCCCUACCGUUCGAGGUAAACCUGCUUACAAAAAAACUAACUCUGAUUCAAGAGCCUCAAGACCAGUCACACUUCCAAGGAGACAACCACCAACAAGAAUUAUGACAGGACAACAACGCACGCAGAUGAGACAAUACAUCAGUGGGAGCCAAAAGGGAGAGGAUCCAAAAAAAAAUAAUACUGCCAAAAAGGUGUUUGAACGGAAAAGCAGUGCUGAUUCCAAACCUCUGAUGGAAUCAGAUAUUUCUUCUACUGGAGUCACAAGGGAACCCCUGGACUACGUAGGAGUGACGAACCGCUCCUCAGAUGGAUUUACACUCGUAUGGGACUCCCCGGAAGGAAAGUACAAAAACUUUGUUGUGACUAGGAAGCAAGUUAGAAAAGUUGAAAAACCAAAAAAGGAGGAAAGGAAGAAAGAUCAGGACAGACAACAAGAGGACGUUAAUAAAGAGGAGGAAGGAAAGCAUCUACCAACCAAAGAACCAGAAUCUGGAAGGAGCACUGAAGAUGAAAACAGAGUACCAGAAAUAGUCGAAACACAUAUUCCAGGGAUACAAAGCAGCACAACAGUUAAACCUUCAUUAGAAAGUGACAAAACUUUCAAAGAAGUUCUUCCUGGUUCAGCUCGCUCCCUCCACUUUGAGGAUCUGCCUUCUCAGACCGAAUACACCGUGACCUUGCUUGGAAAGGGUCCUGGCCUUCUGUCCAGACUGCACAAGCUUGUCAUCAGUACAGGCCCAGAGCCUCCAACCAAUAUAAUCUUCAGUGAGAUGACAGAAAACUCUCUGACAGUGUCCUGGACCAAACCAAAGAGUCCCAUCAGUGGUUUCAAAGUCACCUACACCCACACUGAGGAAGGAGAGCCGGUGUCGGUGUCCCUGGACUCAGAGGAGUCCACCGUCAGCUUGUCGCAGCUCUCUCCUGGUUCCACUUACGAGGUCAGCGUCAUCUCCAUCCUCGGACUGGACGAGAGCGAUCCAAUCAAAGACACUGCCAUGACACUCCCUGACUCGCCUACAGACCUCCGGGCCAUAAACAUCACUGACACCAAGGCCUUGUUAUUGUGGCGUCCAGCGUUGGCUGCCAUCGAUAAGUACGCCAUCGUUUAUGGCUCGGGUACAGGUUCAGAGAUCAGGAUCACGGUGUCUGGAAAUGCAGCGGAGCAGCAGCUGAGCGGCCUGGAGGAAUCCACCACCUACACCGUCACCAUCACCAGCCAGCUGGGCAGCCAGGAGAGCUCAGCAGCCACCACCAGCUUUACUACCACCAGUGGCUCUGGGAAGGACGGGGACGGGCCUCGAGAUCUCCAGGCCAACAAUGUGACCCCUCGCACCGCCCUGUUGUCAUGGAAACUACCCUCAAAGCCUGCUGGUAGCUACAGGCUGACCUAUGAGACGGAAGGUCACGAAAAUAAGGAAGUGAUAGUGGACGCCUCGGUGACGGAGUACAACCUGACCGGACUGCACCCUGGAUCUAAGUACACGGUGCAGUUACAGGUGGAGGGAGGAGGGGAGUACUCCACCAUUUCCACAGAGUUCACCACCGACCCCCUGAGGUUCCCCUUCCCCAGCGACUGCUCUCAGGAGCUGCUGAACGGCAUCAGGACGUCUGGCGAGGCGGAGAUUUUCCCUCAUGGGAGACAGGGGACACCGAUGAUGGUUUACUGUGACAUGGAGACAGACGGAGGAGGCUGGACGGUCUUCCAGAGGAGGAAGGACGGCUCGGUGGAUUUCUUCAGAGGCUGGAAGGACUACAUCAGAGGAUUUGGAGAUCUAAGUGGGGAGUUUUGGCUCGGCCUCGACAGACUGCACAACCUGACAGCAAUGACCAGGAUGAGUCUGCGUGUCGACCUGCGAGACGGACGCGAGUCGGCGUUCGCCAAAUACUCAACGUUUGAGGUGGCCAGGAGGAACUACAAACUGACUGUGAACGGAUACAGUGGCACUGCAGGUGACUCUCUCAGCUACCACAACAACCGGAUCUUCUCCACCAGAGACCGUGACCUGGCACCGUUCAUCACCCGCUGUGCCAUGUCGUACCGAGGAGGCUGGUGGUACAAAAACUGCCACGAGGCAAACCUCAACGGCCUCUAUGGCAUCGACGUCAAACACCAGGGUGUGAUCUGGACCAGCUGGAAAGGAAAAGAGUUCUCCAUCCCGUUCACUGAGAUGAAGAUGAGACCAGCAUCCUUCAGUCCUCCAGCCAGAGGAUGAGAGAGAGAGAGAGAGAGAGAGAGCACGACAAACAAUGAACUGCUAAAACACAUGCAUGGACAGCAGUGUGUCAAUUCAUGUGCAAACACACAUGCAUGUGACCACACACACACAGCAGACUGAACACACACACACACCGUCAUUUUAACAGAGAGCCUCGCUCUCACCUCAGAGGAGAUGAAGACGUAUUUUUUCAUUUGUAUAGAGGUCAGUUAUCAGUAUAUUACUGUUGAUUGUACAGUUUCCUCUGUUUUAUCUUUUUCUCUUUAAAGCAGGGCUGCUUAAACUAUAUUUAAAGGGUCACUUCACCCAGUACACAAAAACAUUUCCACAGGUGAUGUCUACCCAUGCAGAUACUUUUAGUUUCUUGUGCCAGUAUUUUGAAAUAUCUGAAACUUUUGCCACCAACCUAUGUAAUGCAGUUUUACCCGUGUAAACUGUUCUCAUCGCAUUUUCCAGCAGCGUGCUGCAGAAUCAGGUGCAGACAGCAAGCAUCCGAGGGUGAGAAGGGACGAGAGUUACCGUAAUUACCUGUUUCCCCGCCUGUAAAUAGUGUCAACAUCCAUCCAAAUACAUCCAACUUCUAACUUACUGAUACAGAAGUGCCUGAAAACCCGUGCCUGUCAUUUUUACCUCAGUCAGUUUGAAACCAGGUGGUCAGCAAGACUGAGGAAGUUUCAGCCAUAUUUUGUCGAAUUUUUAAAUCGUGAAGCACAUAUGUAAAAAUGUGUUUUUAUUACCAGUAUGUGGUUUUUGACGCACAGCAGAAAAAGAAAAAUCCUAUAGGUGUAAUACUGUUCAGCCAAUCAUUAAAUGACUACAUGUCGUUCAUUCAUUGGUCUGUUUGCACUAUUAAAAGCUAACCAUUGUGUUCCGCUUCCCUGUUUCUCUUGUAACUGAGGCUGAUGUUUGCAGCAGUUUUGUCAUUUUUGGUCUUCAUGUUGAUGAACGCUGCAGCUCAGACAUCACUUCCUGUCUGUGCAUGCAGGCUUUUCACCAUGCCUGAUGUAAGUAAAUAACUAACACACUACGUGCGACAUUGUUUGAAAUAGGAAUGAACAGAGCGUUACACAUACAGUAAAAUGCAGAAUCAUUAUUACAGUCAUUUGUUGCUGAU